CAGCACAAAUAUAAAACCUGAGUAAGUAUUUCUUGGGAGUAUGGUAGUUUAAACAUUGAAGUAGAAGUAUUUGGCGUGAUUUAUUGAUUUUUCUUCCAACUUUGAAGUGUUAAUUUGUCUUUGGCUACAGCAUAUACAUAAUAUAGCUUUGUUUAAAAAUGAUUACUAGAUAUGUAAUUAGAUGAACACCAAAUGAAGUCACCAAUUUUCUACCCAUUUUCUAUGUCUCAUACUUGUUGACUGCUGUUAAUAGGAUCUGCUCAGUCUGUAAUUCUGUGUCUUUUCUUCUCAGCCUGCUAAACUCUUGGUCUUACAUAACCAGCUUCAUUUCUGAGUGAAUUGUUCAAUCCUUUCUGCCAAUGGACAAUGCAGCAUUUGAGAUACAUGAAGAUGGAGCACAGAAUACUUUGUCUGUGGGAAAGAUGAGCACCAUAUCCAGAAUGGAAAAGAAGAAGCAAUGGUCAUGGAUAAGGAUUUUCCUUGUGUGUCUGUUGGCUUGCUUCAUCACCACAGCAAUAGGAGUACUGAUUGUCUCCUUGGUUUACCUUAACUCCCAGCCUCGCUUAAAUGUUCAGCUCAAACCUGCCUGGCCAAUGAGAACAACAGCAGUUCCCAAAGUACAAAAGGCUGUUGACCCCAAAUUCCAGUUUCUUAACCAUUUACCUAAGUCAAAGGUGUUUGAGUUCUCUGGUGGUGCAAUCCAGUGGGCCCGGUACAGAAAUAAUGUCAAAGACUAUCUCAGUGAUGAAGAAGAGGCCUUUGGCACCAGCUUGAACAGUCAGAGAUCACAGAUGACUCUGGGGACCCUGAGAAUAAAAAGCAAGGGCCUCCGGGCCCCUCACUGGCACUUCAAUGCCAAUGAACAUGGCUAUCUGGUACAGGGCACAGCAUGGAUUGGGGUGAUUGAUGAUGGUGGUGAAGUAGCUACCACAUACAAUGUCACAGCUGGCCAAGUAAUCUUCUUCCCUAAAAAUACACUGCACUGGAUAAAGAAUGUGGGUAAUGAAGAUUGCUUUUUUUUGCUCUUCUUUUCUACACAUGAUGAACUUCAGACACUGGAUGUUGAUGAUGUAUUUUUCUCUACACCUGAAGACAUUGCUUCUCGGUCUCUUAAGCCUGAAGGUGGAAUUAAUUUCAUUAGAAAAUUUCAAAAGCAAACAGAAGAUCAGGGAGUUAAUCUUCCUUACAACCUGGCAGAGCUAGUUAUGAAUGCAAGUUAUGUACAAUCUCCAGACAGCCUUGUGUGGAGAUACUUUUUUGACCUUAAAGGUUCAAAAGAAUAUCAGUUUCCAGGAGGAGUAAUACAAAAGGCACAUUAUUGGAAGAACGGAAGUGAACUAAGCAACAAUGAAAAAAUUUUCAGUGAAUUCCUGAAUGAGCAUGAAAAUGCUCUCAGUUUGAGUACACUUAGAAUUUAUAACAAUGGAUUACGACAACCACAUUUUCAUUUUAAUGCAAAUGAAAUGGGAUACGUAAUAAGUGGCUGUGGAAAGGUGGGUAUUAUCAAUACUCAGGGUUCUAUAGAAUUUAACAUCCACAUUGGAGAUGUGAUAUUUUUCCCCAUUGGAACCCAGCAUUAUAUUAAGAACACAUGUGAUGAGGAUUUGCUUUUCAUUCUUGCCUUCAGCACUGGAGACAAGCUGCAGACCCUUGACAUGGAUGACUACAUCCAGGCCACUGCAGACCACAUCUUGGCCCAACUUUUUUUCAGGAAGCAAAGUGAAUUUAAGAAGAUUCCCAAAUUCAAGGAAGAUCAAGCUAUCAAUCUACCUUAGAGUUACUGAUGAAUUCAUACCUAUUCUUCUCUAUUGGUCAUUCCUUAUGAACCAGGUGGGGGCUUUUUGCAAGGUGGGAAGGGACAUUUGGUGUAAAACAGUCCUGUGGAUCUGUUUAGCUGAUAGUAAAGACAGACAAUUCAUGCUAAGAGAACAUUUCAGAUUAAUAUGUAAUGGAGGGACCUGACAAAUUAAACUGAUAUAUUUUUGUAUGGACUUUAGUAUAUGUAUAUAAGCACAUAUUUGUUUAUUUUCCUUUUGUAACUUUAGAUUCACGGCUCCAAUAUAAACAAAGUAAAGCCAUUCUUCCUGUGCACAUAGGUAAAACUUAAUACCUUGUAAAUGUUUUUGAUUUUAUCACUGUAAAAAGAAGUAUGUUAGCUUACGUAUGUACAUAUUGAAACAAUGUGGUCUACAUACAUCAAACCUUGUUGGAGGAGUUAUUGAACCCUGGUCUGGAGAUUCUCAACAUUUUUUUGACAUGCGAUACAUUUUACAAUGCUAACAUUUUCAAGAACUCAGUUACAGGAGUAGUUAUUUACUGUGGUUAUGAGUUGAGGAGACAAUUAAUAAACCAAUUAUGAAUUUGAUAUGGUCUUUUAAUAUAUUUGGAUUUUAUAUAUCACCUCGCCAUCUAUUUACAUUUGAGAAAUAGUUAUGUUUGAGAAGUACCUAUGUUUGGGAAGUACCUGGCUUCCUAGUGUGUGUUGAAAGAUACCUUGCUGUCAUUCUGAAGCUUAUUGGGGCUGAUAGUUGGGUCACUGUCUAGUAGAAAAUAAUUCAUUUAGCACUCUGUGCUUGAUUUUUGUUUAGAGCUUAUUUUAUUAGAUAUUUGGUAUCCCAGGUGUGUGCUAAGUCCCACAAUCAGUUCUAAUCAGCACUAUAUAAAAUUUUGAAGUAGGAUAUGUGAGAAAAUAGGUCACUGUGACUGGGAAGGAGGGACUCAGUGGUAAGAUAUGAGACAUGAGAUUGGAAAAGAGGAGAGAUCAUAUACUAAAAAGUCUGUUAUCCUUGGAACCUUUUUAUUGUGAAUUUAUCUGAUUGCCUUCUUUCAGAACAGCUAACCAAGAUCAAAAUUAGGUAGUAGUGGGAAGUUUGUAGUGGUUGGUGUUGUUUUGAAGACACUUUAUAGGGAAUGGGUUACAGUCCAGGGGAAGGAAGAAUAUGGUUGUGAAGAUUCAGUCACCAGACAUUGGUGUAUAGAAGACAUCCAAAUAGAGAGGGGAUUGUUACAAAAGGUAGAUGACAAUAUGUGUAGAUGGAUUUUAUCUAUAAAUUCUUAUUUUACCUUGGGAUUUUAAGAAAUAUGCUAUAUGUCAGUUGAUAAUCCAUUUUCUUGUAUCAGGAAGUAUUGUAUCAGAUUACUAUGUGAUCACUUAAUAAAGAUUUUGUGUAUUUUAUCAUUCUAA